AUGGCAACUCCCGCAAUGUUCAUCACCUGGAGAGAUUCCGCCGACGCCAAUGUCUACGAAAAAGAACGUGUCGAUCGCGUUUUUAAUGCCAUAAAACCGAAUCGGUAUCCACGAGCGAUAGUUAAAGUAACCCACCCAUCGCAUGUGCAAGAAGCUGUUCAAUUGGCAAAUCAGUUACAAUGCAGAGUAUCGGUGAGGUCUGGGGGUCACAGCUGGGCAGCAUGGAGUGUUCGUGAUGACGCAAUUCUCAUUGACUUGGAGGGCCUGAACGAAGUUGAGCUUGAUGAGAGCAAGAGAAUCGUAAAGGCGUCACCAAGUACUACAGGAAUUAUGCUCAAUGAAAUUAUUGGAAAGAGGGGCUUCAUGUUUGGGGGUGGGCACUGUCCUGAUGUUGGGAUUGGUGGUUUCUUGCUGCAAGGUGGAAUGGGGUGGAAUUGCAAGAAUUGGGGAUGGGCUUGCGAGCAAAUCGUCGGCCUUGAUGUUGUGACUGCUGCUGGUGAAAUCCUACACUGCAACGAGACUGAAAAUGCAGAACUUUUAUGGUGUGCUCGAGGUGCUGGGCCAGGGUUUCCAGCAAUUGUCACAAGGUUUUAUCUAAACGUCCGCCCGAAGCCUGCAGCCAUGUAUAGGUCUACAUUCAUAUAUCCGAUCUCUGAGUAUAAAAUCGUGAUGGAUUGGGUUAUUAAGGCCUCACCCACAUCUGACCCAGGCAACGAAAUCGUAGCCGUAAGUCUCAUACCCGAAGGAAUUGACGAAAUCUGUAUAAUGGUACAUAUUGUCACAUUCCAAGAAUCUGAAUCUGCAGCCUGCGAAGCCUUGCGACCACUAAACGACUCUCAUCCGGCUGGAGCCAUAGUCGAAGUUAUAUCGCAACCUACCAGCGUCGCCGAUCAAUACCAGGACCAGGCCAAGGCAAAUCCGUCAAAUCAUCGCUACUGCACCGAGAACGCGUAUAUAAACGAUGAUGUGGAUGUGACUGCUGUAUUGGAGAAGGCAUUUACAACACUUCCCCAUCCGAAGAGUUUUGCGCUUUGGUUUUCAAUGGCUCCUAUGAGUAGAAGACCAUUGCCAGAUAUGGCGUGCACUAUGCAAAGUGACCACUACUUUGCAUUGUAUACGGUUUGGGAGAAUGUAGAGGAUGACGUGAGGUGUAAAGGGUGGGUUAAUAAUAUUAUGAAGGAUGUCGCACCGAUGUCUAAGGGUGCUUAUCUUGGGGAUUCGGACUUUCAGAUCAGGACGACGAAAUUUUGGACAGAUGAGGCAGCGGAGAAGUUGAUGAAACUGAGGAGAAAGUGGGAUCCAAAGGGAACGGUUAGUGGGUAUCUGGACGAUGGAGAUAUAUCUGGGACAAGAGGAUUAGAUAACCAGAAUUGGUCUAAAAUCUAA